AUGGCAAUCUGCAUUUCUGCCUUUCUCAGUGUGUUGCUCUGCGCUUUUAUAAUCGUUGGAUUUGGUCAAGAAGAACAGGAAUCUACGCACCCGCUUAUUAUUGUUUCGAUGGACGGGAUGCGAUGGCAGUUUAUAGAGAACCGAUAUGCUAACACACCCAAUCUCGACUUCCUUGCCCAAAAUGGAGUGACAUCCAAAUAUCUUAAAACCGUGGUACCCAGUAAAACUUGGCCAAAUCACCAUAGCUACCUAACGGGCUUGUAUCCAGAGAAUCAUGGAAUCGUGUCGAACAUGUUCUGGGAUCCAGUCUAUCAAGAAAAGUUUGUUCUGGUAAGUAUGCAAUCUUAGUCUCAGCUCCAAGUUCUCGUUUUAAUUUUGUUGUUAGCCUUUCAUUUAUUUGCAGUCUAUUCGUAACUAAGGCUCCGAAUAAAAUUGACGAAAGUCGCAGAGAAAAUUCGUCACUCGUUCAACAGCAAGUGACUGGGAAGAUAGCUCCAAAAUAUUUGUCUUCCACGGUAGAAUGAUAAACUGCGCGUGAUGUUUUGCAAGCUCCGUAGAAAUAAUUAUAAUAACAUAAAUUAUGUAUAUUCCUCGUUUCCCGCCUAGAAGGCGGGUACCGCUCCAAAGCAAUCAGUACAGGCCAGCCCAAAUACGUAAGCAAUCUUCACUCAUGCAAACCUAAGCCUUAAAUUUAUAAAUAACAACAAAAGAGAAGCCAGUUCUUUGGUAGUAUAAAUAUGUACAUUUUUCACUAUCGCAUAUCUACUUCACCAAGAAGCAGUCCUAUUAACACUGUCAUGGGUCGAUCGAGUGGCUUUUGUUCCUUUCGGUAACUCUGAGCGCAAGUGUUCGUUUUAUGGUCUGUCAGCAGUAGUUAACGUUGUGUCAUUUACUGUGGUUCUAAAAAUUUCAGCCUGGGGGAAAUUACAAGAUGUGAUCAUUGAAACCGAUUGAUAGCCAGCCUAUACUUAGGGUUGACGUCAUCUAAAGGGACGGAGAGCGAUUUCUGCAUCAGGCCCUGGGAACAGGUUAAGUUUGAGCCAGUGACGUCACAAACUUGCUCUGAACAUGCGUAUUGAGAUCUCUUUCGCGCCAACUACAAUUCCCCACAUUCCAUCCCUACCUCCUGAAAGUGGCUAAAGAAGACUUCCUCAAAUAACUUCAGCAAUACUUUUGUUUAAAUACUUUGAGUAUUUUUUACCGGUUUUUCUCCAAAAGUUAUUUGUACAUUCCCUGUAUUUUCCCCUCUUUCCAAUCAUUGACAGUAAAAAGACUGAUAUUUACCACUCUUUUUGUAUAGGAUUAUGAUUGUAGUAAUUAUGAUCCAAAGUUCUACAACGCUUCUCAGCCUCUUUGGUUAACCCUUCAAAAAAGUGGCGGUAGAAGUGGAGUGUAUUUUUGGCCUGGAUUCGGAGGAUAUCCAGAGAAGCCCACUUACUACGAAAAACCAAUAUGUCACGUCAAUUGCAGUGCGAUAGACUCCAAAGAUCUACCGAAAAUGCGGAAUACAACCAACAAUGGAUUCCCCCCAUAUUCUCAUUGUCAAGUCAAUCAUAGUGAACCAACACAGAUGAGAAUUGACAAGAUCAUGAACUGGCUCAAGGCUGAUAAACCUCCACAGUUUGUAGCCCUUUAUGUUGAAAAUCCAGACGCUACAGGCCACAGGUUUGUAAUAAACAAGCUGUAAUGAUGACUGAUAACAUGAUGAAGUUCGUGUGCAAACCUUCCGAAAACAGCUGCCAACUUUUCAAAAGUAGAUUUCGUUUGAAUAAUUUUGAGUGUUUUAAACUCAACAAUAAAUCAAUCCACCUACUGAUUGAACCUGCAUUCUAAACAAAGUGUGCGUCAGUGUAAAGGAAGGGAAAUCCUCAGCAAAGAUUAGCCCUCAGUUAGACGCAAGGUUUCUUUGGGCUUUCCUGCUAUUUUCUCAUGAACAGUUGUAAUUUAUUAUAGUGUAACAUUACAAGUGGAAAAAGCUCACAUGGCCAAAUUUGAAAAACGAUGCGCCCCAAUGAAAAAUAAUUGGAACUUUCUAAGUAGCCUUUUUAUUUUAUGGUUAUUAUUUUUUGCUACGGGUUGGGGGGGGGGGGGCACCAGUCAUUUUCCCCCUUGUUUCGAUUUCAUUCCCUUUAGCUCUCUGUCAUACUCCUCGUACUUCUUUCAAGAUGAUUCAUUGAUCCAUGCCUCAUAUCUUUUCUUGAAAUAAGGAAAGGAUCUGAGUGACGAUAAUUUAUGCUUUUUCAUUUUAUAGCUAUGGAAUCUUAGAGCCCCAGUAUAAGCAAGCUAUGGAGGCUGUUGACCGUGAUACUGUUGGGUACCUGAUUGAGAGCCUCAAGAAGGCAAAUCUCUUCGAACAGGUCAACCUUAUCUUUGUAUCCGAUCACAGUAUGACAAAUACCUCAUCUACCCGGCAAAUUUUCCUCGAAGAAUAUAUCAACCCGGAUGAUUUCCAGCUUGUGGAGGGAGGGCCUGUUGGACAUCUUUGGGCGGAUGCAGCUAAGAUUGACGAAAUAUACCGAAAUCUUACCAACGCAAAUAACCCACACAUGUCUGUAUACAAGAAAGAGAACAUUCCGGAUGAGUACCACUGGAAACAUAAUCGGAGAAUACCGCCAAUUUACAUUGACCCAGAAGUCGGGUGGGUAGUGCGAAAGACGAAAGCAGGAUCCCGCCAGGGUAGUUGGACAGUGGGAGAUCAUGGUUGGCCUGCGGUUAAGUCCAAGAGCUAUUCUGUGUUCUUUGCGCAUGGCCCUGCCUUUAAAAAGGGCCUCAAGGUGCCCCCUUUUAACACUGUUGAUCUGUACCCGUUGAUGUGUAAGCUGUUGGGAAUACAGGCUCUUCCAAACAAUGGCUCUCUGGAAAAUGUUCAAAUGAUGCUGAAAGAAUUGGCACCUCCUACUGCUAAAGGCCAGGCUUUUACAAGGAAAUCGUGUGCUCUCGUUGUUUUUAUCUUGAUUUCCAUGACAGUUUUUGUUUGA